AUGUGGAAGGCGAACAAGCUCGUCAUCAAUCACAACUCGUACACUGGGCUUGCGUGGGAUCGGAUUACGCACACCGACCUGCCCCAGGUCAAGGAGGUCGUGUACAUCUUUGACUCCGAGCAGCUCGCACUGGAGAAAGCUGAGGGUCUCUCCGCGCCUGAGGGUGUUCUCAUCUCAACCUUCUAUCGACUCGGCAAGAUCCUCCAUGCUGCGGCGGCAAGGGGCGUGCCCGUUACGGUGGUGGGAGCGGAGGCACUCGAUUUGACGGAGGAGCGACCACCCGAUCAGCCUGAGCUGAGGGGUCACGCGAUUGUGGAGUUCCUCAAGGACACGGUGCUCGACCCAGCGACGUACAUGUCUCGCGAGGCUUAUCGAGAGUCUGUGGGUGAGGUCGACUUCGCGAUCGAGACGGACUUCACAACAUCGUUGCUGAAGGGUCCGCCCAUCUUCUACCUGAAGGCACUGCCGGAGCGGGAGAGGAGCAGCUGGUGCCUUGUGCAGUGA